AAUGCAUUUACAGUCGAUAGAAACUCGUGGGGUUUCAGACGUGAUGCAGUUUAUAAAAAUUUUCUUUCAAUUGAAGGAAUACUAGAGCAAUUAGUAACAACAGUUAGUUGUGGUGGAAAUGCUCUGAUGAACAUUGGCCCAACUCAUGAUGGAAGGAUUGUACCUAUUUUUGAGGAGAGGCUAACACAAGUUGGAUCAUGGCUCAAGACUAAUGGUGAAUCAAUUUACAAUAGCAAACCAUGGACUCAUCAAAAUGACAGUAGCACUGGGAGUGUAUGGUACACAACUGCCAAUAAUUUUGUGUAUGCUAUUGCAUUGAAAUGGCCUGAUGGUAAUACUCUUAAGUUGGGAUCAGUGAAGACAUCAUCCACCACCACUGCUACAAUGCUUGGAUAUGGUAAAGUUGAUUUUAGUAGUUCCAAUGGAGUUGUUCAGGUUACUUUCCCUAAUCUUCCAUUGGAUACACCAUUGAUGUGGGCUUGGGUUAUUAAAUUUGAAGGAGUUACUGGCUAACAAUUAUUUAUUGCUGCUUUGCUAUUGGUAAUUAAACGUACCCAGCUGCUAGCUUCAUAUUUAAACUUCAUUAAAAAAAACAAAAAAACUUUAUUAUAUUGCCACUUUAUAUAAUUUGCUAGACUUUUGUUGCAUAUAUAUGUGUGUGUAUAUCUCAAAUGUGUGUUCACAAACAGUAAAA